CGAUAUUUACACAAUAUACUAAUUAAACAUCAUAUUAGUUAGCCUAGUAAUCAACUGUGAACAUAGUAAUCUAAUAGUUAUCUACUAAAAUCGCAUCAAAUAAUUUAUAAAAACAAAAAGUCAUAAUUUUCAUACAUAACAUAUAUCAAAUUAAUUUUUAAUUAUUUAUUUUACUUUUUUAUUUAAUCAUUAUCUGAGAGUUAAAUUAAAAUCACCAUUUGAAUGUCUAUAAACUAUCAAACAGAGAAAAUAUGUGAACUACAGUUUUUAGAUUGGUCUUCUUAAUUUAUUUUUAUUUAUAUUCUAGUGGACCGCAGAUAGGACUAGGAAGAGAUAGAAAACUCCACACCACACAUAUCACGAGGCCGUGGGACAAGUUUCUGUGAUUGAAACAGAAACCAAAAACAUGAACAACAAACAACAAACCAUCUUCAAACACAGUACACCAUGGCUUCUGCAACUUCCACCUAUGCUCAAACGUCCUGCAUUUUCUUUCCCAAAAUCCAAAACGGCACGCAGUUCAAGAACGAAAUGAGAGCAUUUAGAAUGAUAACAAGAAGAAGAGUGAUGCAUAUUCACUCGUCACAAGACUCACCAAAACCACCAAAACCAUCGCCUGGAGUAGACACAAGGAUCCACUGGGAAAACCCGGACGAAGGCUGGAUAGGUGGUGGAUCCGACCCGACCAAAUCCGUUGAGGAGGAGAGAAAUAGUAUUUUUAGCGACGACAAGUUUGCAGAACUAAUCAAAGACUCUUUUGAUUCUCAUUACCAAUUCUUAGGUGUUUCAACGGAUGCUGAUCUAGAAGAGAUAAAAUCUGCGUACCGGAGAUUAUCAAAAGAAUAUCAUCCAGACACAACUUCAUUACCGCUUAAAACAGCUUCAGACAAGUUUAUGAAACUGAGAGAAGUGUACGAUGUUUUGAGCGAUGAAGAGACCAGGAGAUUCUAUGACUGGACAUUGGCUCAAGAGGUAGCGAGUCGUCAAGCUGAGAAAAUGAGAAUGAAGCUCGAGGAUCCGAAAGAGCAAGAGUUUCGGAACUAUGAAUCUAUACCCGAUAUGGUUGAUCGGUUAGGUGGAAGAAACAUGGAGCUUAGUGAUCAAGCCAUGACUGCUCUUACAUUCGAUGUUUUGAUUAUAGUAUUUGCGAUUUGUUGUAUAGUUUAUGUGAUUGUCUUUAAAGAUCCUUAUUACUAGAAAAGGAGCUAUAUACAUGGAAGAUUAUAUUCAUAGAAAUAUGUAUACGUGGAGGAUUAUUAACAUCUAUAGGUUAUAACAUAAUCUGAAUUAAACGAGUGACAGCUAGAUUCGGUGACAUAUUUUUGAAAGAUUCAAUGUAACAGAAAUUGUGUUACAGGGGACUCCAUAUUGUUGCAUAUAUCUCUAAGAACUGUAUAUUGUUUGAUUUUAAAAGUUUAAAAAAAUUAUUGAA